AUGCGACAAGGAUCGGAGAAGCGAAGGGAAACUGGACGACUAUCAAGGUCAAUCGGUUCCGCAUCCAUAGAUGAAGAUGCCCCUGGUGAACCUGAAGAGGACGAAAACGACUUUAUGAACCCAGCUGAACCAUCUGAAUUUGAUCCAAACAAAUCCACCCUACAACAUCGUACUCCAUCCAAUCCUAGGAAUUCUCUCCUCUUGCUAGAUCACUCACACACUCAACAGCAUUCUACCACCAUCCCAGGCCCUGAAAAUCCAAUCGAUGACGAGGUCAACCACGAUUUGUUACGAAAAAUGUUUAGUUUGACUAUUAAUGAGGCUGGUGUGGCUCGGGAGAUAUUGCAGAUGAGCCCGGCUAAUCAACAGGCUGCCAUCGUCUACAGUGCAAUCUCAAGUCAUGGAAAAGCAAGCCAAACUCAGGCUAGCUCGUCAGACGUACACCCAAUUGGAGUGACAAAAGUCCAAAAGAUCAGACUGGGCGAUCUCAUCAAGACCAACCUCAGGAAUUUUGUCCGAAAGACUCUAAUGGAAUGCAAGCUUGAUACAUACAGCUUGGAGCAUGAUACCAAUACUGGGGAAAUAAUCGCAGCUUCACUUUUGCGUAUGACAAAUAGAUUCAUAGCUGAGCUUUCUCUACACGACAAGAAGUCGCUAUUGCCUACAGGGUUUAUCGACCAGAACCAAGCUGUUCUCCAGGCGGUGAGGGAACAGAUUCAUGAAACAAUCAAAUCGGAGAAGGGGACACUCCGUGGAUGUUUGCUUUUAAACAUUGUUCCCAACAGUGUUUCCAAGUCGGCAAGUGGAGACGUUCUGACACUUUCAAAACUCUACAGCCAUAUUCAACAGCAUCUACCUUAUGGCGGCGAGUUUUUUACCCCUGAUAAGAUUCCACUUAAUGUUCAGGUUCGGUUUGCCUACAUGCGACUGGAAACAAUCAUCUACGCUAUGGGUACAUCAUCUGCUCGGGCGGCUCAAUGGGGACCGAUCGAUAAACAGCUACAGUUUCUUAAAACAAAAGGUGCUGAUUAUUUUAUAGCAUGGUCCGAUUUGAUUAUCCGAAAGGAUAGGUACUUUUUUGGCUCACCAAACAAGUUUGCCUCAAUCCAACUCGAUGUCUCUGUGCUUCCAACCGAAGAUGAUGUUCAGCAAGCCAUGGCCACCGCGCACGAUCAACGAAAUAACACUUGA